UUUACUGAUAUUCUGUAUCUUUUUCUGUUUUUCAAUAAGACAGGUGGAGUUGCUUUAAAACUUAAUAAUAUAAGGGACAAAGUCUAGUUACAGUAAAUCUUUCACCUAGGAGACAUUUGUUUUGUUCUAAUAGUAAAUGUAUUGGCUUUGGUUUUGUCAAAAGGAUUCUUCAUCCCUUAACCAUAUGAAAGAAUAAACUUUAAAAAGAAAUUUUUUUAAGUUGUUGACAUAUUCAUGUUUUCAUAGCUUGUUUAUAAGUCUUCUCAGCAUAUAAAAGGAAUUUAGGAGCAGUCCAAACAGUGCUGCAUUUCUAUUUCUAUCUGAAUCUUGAUCCUCGCUCGACUUUAUUUUUUAUUUAAUUUUUGUCACAGCUCAGAGUCUCGAGGAAUUCAUCAGUAGAAGAAAUUUUCAAUUUCAAAUACUACUGUUUAUUGCUGUAACUUAGUGUGCAAAACUCAACAAUACAAGUCCAGUUUUCCUAGAAAUAAAGUUGUAGCUUCUCUGAAUAGUUUAGGAUAUGAGUAUCCAAAGGGUUGGUACUCAAGAAAGAGUGCCAAAAAACUCAGCAUAUGCAAGUGAUUAUACUUUAGAAUUCGCCAGAAUGCCGGUUCAAGCUUUACAUGCACAAAAACUAUCUUCAUCAUACAUGGGAUUUAGUCUUCCACCAGCAACUUCUGCAGAAGAUGUAUGCCAACAGCAGCAACAAAUUUUUCCUAAUGCUAAUUCAUCAUUGAAUAGUACUAUCAUCGGUCGUAUUGGUUCACCCUCUUCAGCCUUCUUUGCCACGGAACGUUACCUGGGAUUAACACAGUAUGAUGAUCAACAAGAUAAUUGUUCCCAACUGUCCAAGAAUUAUGAUUUUCAAAUACCAUCAUAUGGUUUCUUGCCUGAUUCAUCGGCAGAAGUUUUGCAAAAUUUUCAUCCCAAGAUUUCCCUGCCACCGUUCAUCAGAUCACAGUUCUCGAGCAGUCAACCCUUUAGUCCUGAUCAUUAUAGAAGUCCUUUCAGCAGCCUAACAGAGAAAGAGAGAAUAUUGCAUCUUAAGAGAAAAUUGCUUGGUGAAUUCGACAGUGCUUCAACGCUUUUUGAUGGAAAUCAAGAUUUCAGUCUCCCUCAUAAUUUAUGUGGUAGUCACUUGGAAUAUAUGAAGCAACAAUCAGGAUUUCCUUCGGCUAAUACUAAUAAUUCUGCAUGUUCUGGAGGAUCUGUGUGCAACAAAACAAGAAUUAGAUGGACUCAAGAUCUCCACGAUCGAUUUGUUGAGUGUGUAAACCGCCUUGGAGGCGCUGACAAGGCAACACCAAAGGCAAUACUAAAGCUGAUGGAGUCAGAUGGCUUGACCAUUUUCCAUGUCAAAAGCCAUUUGCAGAAAUAUCGAAAUGCAAAGUACAUCCCUGAACCUACAGAUGGAAAAUCUGAAAAGAGAAACUACCCGAAUAAUGUGUCACAAAUUGACAGCAAAACAGGAAUGCAAAUCAAGGAAGCACUGCAAAUGCAACUCGAAGUCCAGAGGCGUCUUCACGAGCAACUAGAGAUUCAGCGAAAGUUACAGUUGAGGAUUGAAGAACAAGGAAAACAGUUGAAGAUGAUAUUUGAUCAACAACAAAGAACAACAAGAAGUCUAUUGGACACUCAAAAUUCAAGCAUUUCAACUCCUGAAGAGAAUCCAUCUACCCUGUAUGAUAAUAUGGAAGUUUUGGUUGCCCAAGGCUAUGAUAAUAUUCACUUCCAAUCUAAAAUAAGUUAAGUGCUAUAUAUACAUUUUUCCACUUAGUGUUAGAGGAAAAAGUCCAGUUUAGCUUUUUCUUGUACAAGGUUUUAGAAGGAGCUUGUUUUUCUCCUGUAAAAAUCAACAAGUGACCCUUAAAAACUACCAAAAAUGUAAACUAUAUAUAGUACAAUGUCCAUAAACUUCAUGCUGAAUGUAGGUGUUUGUUUCUCUUGUGUGCAUAAAAGAAAAUACGAUCAAAUGAAAGUUAUCGAAUAAUUAAGGUGUUCAUGUGA